CCCCCCCCCCCCAGCGAUGCCACCCCCGCUGCCUCCGCUGCUGCUGCUGGGGCUGGCGCUGGGGCUGGGGGGGCGAGCUGGGGCCGGGGGGGGCUGCCAGCUGCCGGCCGAGUGGCGACCCCUGAGCGAGGGCUGCCGAGCCGAGCUGGCGGCGAUCAUCGUCUACGCUCGGGUGCUGGCUCUCCAUCCCGACCCCUACGGGGCUUACAAUUACCUGCCCUGGCAAAGGGACCCCCCCGCCUCAGCCGGGUCCCAGCACGGCCCGGGGGGGCUUUUUUAUUCGGCCGAAAUCGAGCUGCUGUGCGACCAGGCGUGGGGCAGCAUGCUGGAGGUGCCCGCUGGCUCCCGGCUCAACCUCACCGGCCUCGGAUACUUCUCCUGCCACUCGCACACCGUCCUGCAGGGCUACUCCUACUUCUUCUUCCUCCGCAUGGAUGAGAAUUACAUCCUCCUGCCGCACGGUGUGAACUUCCAGGAGGCGAUUUUCCCGGACACGCAGGAGAACCGGAGGAUGUUUGCCAGCCUUUUCCAGUUCUCCAACUGCUCGCAGGCGCAGCAUGCCCUGAGCUUCUCCAGUGACUGGGAGAUUCAAGAGGACAACCGGCUCAUGUGCUCCUCGGUGCAGAAAGCCCUGUUUGAGGAGGAGGACAGAGUGAAGAAGCUGCAGCAGAAGGUGGCGACGCUGGAGAAGCGCAACAAACAGCUGCGAGAUCGGGUGAAAAAAGUCAAGAGGUCUCUCCGGCAAGCUAGGAAAAACACCAGGCACAUGGAGCAGAUGAACCGAAAGCUCAGUGAGAAACUUUCCUCUGCAGGUGGUCAAAUCCCCUAUAUUAACUCUUUAAAGCAGGAGAACUCCCAUGCUACCUACCUUAAAGUAUAAUGCAAGGGUAAGUGCUCAGGCCAAUGAUGAUGACAAUUUUUGCCUGCAUUAGAUCAGGAUCUGGCCCUCACACCUUGUCUACACUGUGCUUCAAACCUUGCAAGGAAAAUGAAUCUGAACUUGCUCUAGACAUGGUGCUAGGAAUUAAUCAGGAAUGCAAAUUGGAUUUAUCUAGGUGUUGGAGGAACUGCCCAAACCCAAGUCCAUGGUGUCCUGGGUGGACAUAGGGCUAGAUGGUAGUCUAAAGCACACGGUGCUUCUUAGUCCUCACCCCCCUGCCUCUGUCACCAGUUUUUAGUUGCCUGUGGUGGGAUGGGUGUGAUAAAAGUGCCUGUUCUGCCCCAUGGGCCGUUGCAGGCACAGGAGCUCUGCUAGGAAGGAUCUGAUGCUCUCUUACCUGCUCCACAUGGACUGGGCCAGCAAGGCUGAGUGGAUGUAUGGAGAUGGAUGCUGUAGAAAGGAUGCAGGCAUAAAUGCUCUUUGCUCCAUCACGACCCCAAGCUUUCCCCUUCCCUUAAGCUUGACUAAAGUCUAUAUUUCCGUGUCUGAGCAAAGGCUAUGUCCAGGACGCAUGGUCAGUUUGGGCCCCUAUUCAAAAAGAAAUGCAGAUGUGUUCAAAUUUGUCUUAAGACUGUUUCUAAAUAUCCCUAAAUAUUCUAAACUAAAUACCUAAUAUUUUUCAUUUUACCAGGAAGUGCCUUAAGAGUCACAGUAACUCCCUCAGUUGCCUUCUAUGUUGCCCACCCAACGCAGUUGGAACCCACCUCAAUUUGGGCCUGUGUCUAAGGCCUAAUCCAGCUCAUGCAGUCAGACUUAGCCUGACUAUUACAGGCCCAGGAAACAAUUUCAGAUCCUGUUUUCGAGCAGGUUUCAUUUACAGUGUGGACAAGGCUUCAAGUUUUGUAAUCACUGUUUGAGGUAUAACGGAGGUUGCUGGGCAGCCUCAUUUAGUUAGGUUUAGAUACUGUAGAGAUCACAUCAAUAUCAACAGGGCAUUAAAAAUUAAGGUAGUUUAUAUAUGUAUAUAUUUUAAAAUCCUAUAGAAAAUAUUUUUAUUACACAUUUGAUAUAGUCUAAUUUCUUAAAAUAUGAAGUAAAUCCAAUUUCUUUGUUAUCUCAUUUAAAAAAAAUCCAUCAUGGUCUUUAUUAGACAUUUACAAACUGACUUCUGCUCAGGCAGCAUAGGUUAAGGCAUCAGUAUCCAUGGCUGACAUAUUUUUUCAGCUGUGUUAAUGUACCAGAGCAUGUCUUUGCUCUUGGUAGUCAAACAACCUUUGUUCAUAACAGGGCACUGUCAGGAGAGGAAGGUGGAAGAGUAGUUUCUGUGUUUCUUCCCUUCACAAAAUAGUUUUUCAUACCCCAGACAUGAGCCUCAGGUGUAGAUAUGCCUCAUGCUUUUUGACAGGGACAGACAGCCCUUGCUCAGCACCAGGGAACACUGACAAUUUGCCAGGGCUAAACCCAAUUUAUACAAGCUGGACCAAUCCAGAUGACAGAGGUGAAGUCCUCAGAAACAACACCGUGCAAACCACCUCUCUGCUCCUAAACCUCUGCGCUUUACCAGAUCGCUGCAUGGUCUCCAUGCUGUGUCUCAGUAUUUUAAAAUAGAACAUAUCCAGGCUGCAGCCCUGCUGGACCACUCUUUAACUAUCCCUGUGCUAGGAAAAGCCCAUAUCAGCUUUCAACUAUGAGCUUCAGUCCAAGCUGUGCUCAGAAGUUAAGCCUUGUGUUGGCUUCUAGGAUGCUGCAAAAUUUAAUUGCCUUCCAAUUUUGCUCCUUUUGGAAAAAGAGCUUCCCCCCUCCCCUUUGGAAUAAUAUUUGCAUUUCUUAAGAUUCUGACUCCUCCAAAAGCUCCACUGGUUUCAAAGGCUUUGCCUACCAAAUCAGCACAAUUUGAGUUGUUUUGUGCUGUAGUCAGCAACACUAUUUCCGGAGAACUACUACAGACCUAAGGCUUCCCUAGAAGCCAUCAAGAGAUUUUAACUCUGAAAUGUCAAUCCACAGGAAAAUAACUAAUUUUUUGUUUGUUUGUUUGUUUCUGGUUUCUACACUGCUGUUUGAAUAAAUUCACUGUUUUUCCUGGUAUAGGUAUUAAAAGCUUGUGUUUAAAUGUU